AGCGGGUGAAGUGGUCUGCAGAGAUGGAUGAGAUGGUUGUGGACCUCUGGGGCGAGAGCAUUGCCGACUUGAGAGGCACGAGGAAAAAUUCCCAUGUGUUCAUGGAAAUGUCGGAAAAGCUCAAGUCAGCCGGCUUUAGUGGCACAUGGCCAGAUGCCCGCACCAAAAUUGAUACCCUCACCAGGAAGUACAAGACAGAGAAAAUAAAAAUUGGACCCAGUGGUGGCGAGCCGUCUUCAUGGGCAUUUUAUGACAAGGUGCACUGCAUUUUGGAAGGCUUGCGAGUGCAUGAUGUUGGCUCCCCGAGAUUAACAAACACGAUGCAGAUUUCCUUGAAUACAUAGAAGACCC